AGACGAAAAAUUUGUGUCCUGUUAAAUCCUAUUAAACACUGAUUAGCUGUGAGAUUAGCAGAUAAUCUAGAUUGAUCCGAAUAUUUUCUUGCCUAAUAAAGUCAAUGUCAUCUAAAUCACAACUCAAUUUAACUUGUUUUACUGUAGUGUUUUUGGUUCUUCAAAUAAAAGCGAAUUACCAGAAAAAUGGCGCAGUUUUUGAAACAAGGAGACGAAUUGGCACUCGCGAUGGAGAAGAAGACAGCCAUACACGAAGAAUUGCCAGUACCGGUGGAGAAGACUGUGCCACAGGAAGAAUUACCGAUACAGAUUUAUGCUUCGCUUGAGCCAGUGUACGAAGGAGGAUCUCAACUCGAAGAGGCUCAACUUCGUUUUGAUACAUUGAAGUCUAAGUUUCUUCAAGUGUUCGGUCAUCAGCCAGAUCUUUACGCUCGAUCUCCAGGGAGAGUCAACUUGAUUGGAGAACAUAUUGACUAUGAAGGAUACUCGGUGUUGCCAAUGGCUAUUCGCCAAGACACAAUCGUGGCGAUACGAAAAAAUAAGUCUGGAGAGGCUCAAAAGCUUCUUCGAAUUGCUAAUGUCAAUGACAAAUACACUAUCUGUACUUAUCCUGCUGAUCCUAAUCAGGAAAUUGAUUUGAAGAACCAUAAAUGGGGUCAUUAUUUCAUUUGCGCAUACAAAGGCUAUUAUGAAUAUGUGAAAGCAAAAGGAUUGAAUGUUGAACCACCUGCUGGACUUGAUAUUCUUGUCGAUGGGAUAGUUCCUACAGGUUCUGGUCUAUCGAGUUCUGCAGCAUUUGUUUGUUCUUCUGCCAUUGCUAUUAUGGCUGCUUUUAAUGUGAAUUUCCCAAAGAAAGAACUUGCACAACUUACAUGUGAAUGUGAACGACAUAUUGGAACACAGUCUGGAGGGAUGGACCAGGCAAUCUCUAUCAUGGCCAAAACUGGGUUUGCUGAACUGAUUGACUUUAACCCUGUUCGUGCAACUGAUGUACAACUUCCUGCUGGAGGGACUUUUGUGAUAGCCCAUUGUUUAGCAGAAUCUCAGAAAGCAGUUACUGCUGCAACAAAUUACAAUAACAGAGUUGUUGAAUGUCGAUUGGCUGCGAUUCUACUUGGUAUAAAGCUGGGAAUGAAGCCAACACAAGCAGUUUCUGAAGUGAAAACUCUUUCUGAUGUAGAGGGGUUAUGUGUAGCAUAUGCUGGUAACCAUGGAUCCUCUGAUCCUGUCCUUGCUGUUAAGGAUCUUUUGCAUGAGAAACCAUACACUGCUGAAGAUAUUGAGAAUAUUUCUGGGGAAAAGCUAUCAUCAGUCUUUGCAAAUAGUCCAACUUCCUUGGAGGUGCUAAAAGCUGCCAAGCACUUCAAGUUACAUCAGAGAGCUGCCCAUGUGUACUCUGAAGCCAAGAGGGUGUAUGCUUUCAAGGAUACUGUAUCCUCAAAUUUAAAUGAGGGAGACAAGCUGAAGAAGGUUGGUGAGCUUAUGAAUGACAGCCACCACAGUUGUAGUGUUCUAUAUGAGUGCAGCUGCCCAGAGCUGGAAGAACUGGUAGAAGUUUGUCGUGAUAAUGGCGCGCUUGGGGCAAGGCUGACAGGGGCUGGAUGGGGUGGCUGUGUGGUUGCUUUGGUGAAAGAGAACAUCGUUCCACAGUUCAUCCUCAAUUUGAAGGAAAAUUUCUACCAGGCAAGAAUCAUUAAGGGUGUGAUCAGCAAGAAUGAUCUUGGGCUUUAUGUGUUUGCUUCCAAGCCAUCAAGCGGUGCUGCUAUAAUCAAGUUUCAGUGUUCUUUCGGAAGUCAUUUGAAAGAAGCCUGAUUUUUUAAGCUUGUUUAUUGAUCACUAUGUACUCUUUAAAUCGUUUAAUAUUUUAAAUGGUAAAUUAUUAUACAACUCUUUAUAAUUUUUAUUCUUGGAUUAUCCCAAGUGGAGGUAAGUUAGUUUCGAUACUCUAAUGACUGAAACGGAUAUGCUGAUCAUCUAACUUGAUGUGUAUAACAUUGUUGAUUAUUAUCAGUUUGGAUGUGACACUAUGUGUGUUACACACAGACGUGUGUGUAUAUAUAUAUGUAUGUUGCAAAUUAA